AUGGUAAAUGAUAUAAAAUUGUGUGUUCCUGGAUUGAUUUGUCAUAUACAAAGAAAUCAAAUUUUAUUAUUAAAACUUAAGGCCCUAAAAAAGUGGCAUUUGAGGGUUAGUGACACAGUGCAAAUGCUGAACACAAUCUUCGGUUUGCAACUCCUUGCUAUUAUAGUUAUGGCCUUUACUAAUGUCACUUUUGAUAUUUACUCUGAUGUAGUGCGCUGGCAAGAUGGAUUUAUUAGUUUUGAUAUGCAUUUUUUUCACAUGUUUUACUCACCAAUACCAUAUUACGUUAUAAAAAUGGCGCUACUUGUGUGGGCCUGUGAGACUGGCAAGAACCAAGCGCAAGAGAUCAGCACUACAGUUCACGAUCUACUUAACAAUAUCAAAGAUGAGCAGAUAAAGAAUGAGUUGCAGCUGUUUUCUUUACAAAUAUUACAUCAUAAAAAUACAUUUUUGGCAAAAGGUUUUACUAUAGAUACGGCGCUUCUUACAGCAAUAAUGGGUAAAAUUACUACGUAUCUAAUAAUCACGAUACAAUUUUUAAACAUGUCGCAUUCUUGCGACAGAGAAACAGCAGUCAAUGUUAACCAAUCUAAUUACAGAGAUACAUAA